AAAAUUAAAAGGGUGGAGCUGACUGCGAGAGCUCACCAACGGUUCACAAUCACAAGCCGCACCACCACCUCGGCUGUGCACGGUACGGAUGUAAGCCGGAAGCCAAGUGCCAGAGGUCUCUAGCUGCUCGUUAUAGAUCUACUGAUGAACUAGAACACUAUACGAACAAAAAUGGCUACAAACGGUUCGUUUCGGAAAAAGUGCAUGGCAGUUGUGUUGGCACUUCUCCUAAUGCAAGGUGCUAUCUUUUUCUUUAUCCGUCCGACCAUCUUAUUCAACAACAGAUUCACCAGAAACCAAGUUAAUGCACUCCUUGGAUCAGCAUCUCCCAGUCCAGGGAGACCUGUACUAGACAAGGGACCACCGGUGUCUAUUAGCAAACUCUCAAAUUAUCCACAUAACCAUACACCCUCUACCUAUGUGUCUAUUAAACUCUCAAAUCACCACACACCCUCUACCGAUCUUGAAACCGUCUCUGGCUCUCUUACUACUAAACAACCACCAACUAGCGCUCCCAGUACAAACUACACUCUACAACCGCCUGAUGUAAGGUCGUAUUCAAACUGGAAGAAAGGCACGUUCUGCGAAGAAUACAUCGGUAAAACUUUUACCAAGGAGCUCCCCGUGUGUUCAACCGCCAACAACCAAAGUUCCCUGACAUGUGUAGGGAGUUCUGUGAGUACUAACAUGGCUCGCUGCACCGCACGUUUCCUAGCCGUCGAACCGGAAAAGCUCCGUCCCGUGGUGACAGACUGCGACACGUGCAACAUCUUGAACUCCGGGUCUUUCCAUCUCGUUCAAAACAAUCACUCGUCGUGCCCAGAGCCCAGUCUCAGAGCUCUCCAAUCAAACUCCGAGGCAAACGACCCGUUACACAGGAGCAUUAUCGACAUCACUUCCAACCCCACGGUGCCGAGGGAGACCUGUCACACCUGGGUCAACAAAACUGCCUACUUUUUCUCCAGCCAACGCUACCACAUAUACUUCCGUCUCUACUCCUACUACAAUCUUUACAAGACUCUGCUAGACCAGGGCUCCGUACCUGGGAACUACAUAGUGGUCAGAAUGUCUGAAGCGAGCAACUAUAAGUUUGAGGAUUUUGAGCGUUUGCUUUUCCCCGAGUUGAAAACGCUGAGCGAGUUGCCCGAAGGGAGGGUCUGUUUUCGUGAGGUGGUGUUUUCGCCGUGGGCCUACGCUGCCGUCAUGUUUAGGUGUAAAAUGGAACGAGACACAGUCUCGAAAUGCUUAGGUUGCGAGGGAAGGGGGAAGCUCGGAACGUCGUUAAUGACCUUCCGAACACGAGCCCUUCAAGCUUGCUCCCUGAAGGAUCAAACCCGCGAGCAUAGAGAAAGCCGAACUAACAAGAGCAUCGUUUUCGUCAAGAGAAAACCGUACACGAGAUGGAACGGAGACAAGCUCCACAAUUUUCAGAGGGUCCUUAGUAACCAGGACGAGGUCGUGUCGAACCUGAAAUCCCAUUUCCCCAACGCUCAAGUCCGUGACGUCUUCAUGGAAGAUUUGGAUUUGUGUGAGCAGAUGCGUCUGGUGCACGAGUGCGACUUGUACAUCGGAGUGCACGGGGCUGGGUUGGUGCACCUCUGGUGGCUGCACGACGACGCAGCAGUACUAGAACUUGCCCCCUCCAACUUCUCCACGAACCCCAGUUUCAAGACGCUCGCAAAGCUGACCGGCAGACGCUACCGUUUUCUUAGUAUACCAGGCAACACAUACAAGGUCACUGUCAAUGUUCCAGCAAUGAUGGAUGUGGUUAAGAGUUUACUUUAUGGAAAGGUAUGAUGUUUAGGGUUUUUAAUAUCUUUCUCCGUGAUUUACUUUAUUGUUCUGAGGACCAAUUAAUUGUUUUCUGCAUCUGGAGACGAAAAUU